GCUCUAUAUGAAUCAUUGAAGUAGCCACAAUAAUUACAGAGUUUGUAUCUCAUAUAGGACCAAUUAUGAAUUGAAGUAAAGCAAUCCACAUUUGUACACAAUGCAAACUAAUUAAACAUUGGGGGACGGAGGCACGCUGCACCCACUAUAAAUAAAAGACGCCGACCACCGCCAGCCAGCCAGCCAGAGCCUCCACUCCAGCAGUCAGUCGGCCGGCGAUACAUAUAUAUACUAGAGUCAUGGAGACGAUGGCGGCGAGGUACGGCGGCGGGGAGAUCAGGGACCUGCAGAGCAAGCAGGAGGCGCCGGGCGGGUGCGGGAGCUACUUCCAGAUGCCGCUGCACUACCCGAGGCACAGCCGGGAGGACUACGAGGCCAUGCCCGAGUGGCAGCUCGACCGCCUCCUCUCCGAGUAUGGCCUGCCCGUCGCCGGCACAGUCCACCAGAAGCGCACCUUCGCCAUAGGCACCUUCCUCUGGGGCGCCGGCGGCAUUAUCCACUGAGCUCAAGGUCUUGUUUACUGUGCAUGUGCUUGACAUAACGAGCUUGUAUCCCAAUUCCCAACAGAACACGGCACCGUCCAUGUGCUCUUUCUAUUUUCUCUC